CACAGCUACAUUCAUAAACACCUGUAAAACUACAGCCAGAAUAACGCGAUCACAAUGCCGCAAGCACAGCCAGAAUUGAAGAAGUAUCUCGAGAAGCGGGUGCUUGUACAGCUCAACGGGAGCCGCAAGGUCAUGGGAAUUCUCCGAGGAUAUGACGUCUACUUGAACAUUGUCCUCGACGACGCUUUGGAGGAGAAGGCUGGCGGAGAGAAAGUACGCAUUGGCAUGGUUGUUAUCCGGGGCAACGCGGUUGUCAUGCUGGAGGCACUCGACCGCAUUAACCAGGAUGUCCCCAAGAUCGGACGGUGAAGGGAAAACACAAAUGGCGCGAGUACGCGGGAUGGAACAACAUGGGCAACAUUGGCAGACUCUAGAGUAUAGAGCGGUACCGGCGUUCUGGCGCAACAGCGUGGGUAUGCCUCUCCCGGACCCUCGAAAUACUCCAGGCGAUAUCGACAGCCAAGCCCUCGAAGGAUUUACGGAACAAAUGUUGACAUCUUCUUAUUUAUAGGUCGAAAUAUGAUACCAGCAUACGACUUGACCUUUUGGAUUCGGGAGACAAGUCUGUAGACGAAAAGUGCGAGUGAUUACAAGCUAUAACCAUCAAAUCAUCCAAACAUUCUACGUUCU